AUGCUGGCAUUCAAAACUUUGUCCUUGAUUGCGUUGGCAGUCUCGUGUCAUCGUCCUCCGCUAAGUUCCGGUGAUGAACUGACGACGAACAGGCAGCAGCCGGUGAACAUCACUGAAAAGGCUACAAAACAUACGUGGCGUUUCGCCGUGACGGAUGGGUGGUUGUCCAGCGAAGUAAUCACUGCCGUUGACCAGUUGUCCGCAGUAUACCUUUCGAAUUCCACAAGAGCCUUAGAAGAAAAUGCGACAGAACCGCCUGAAGAUCAGAAGUGUCAUUCUCCGCAUCACUGUCACCGACAGUAUAAUAAGACGAAGGUGAAAACCAUGAGCAAAUUUGCCGAAUCUCAGCCAAGCGAUAACGGCACUCAUGUAAUCAACCUUGUUAACGCAAGCAAGACUUGUCAGGGAGAGCACCAUCGCGGAUGUAACGGUCAUGCUGUUCAAUCUUCACCUGAUACUAGUCGUGACCUUUCAAACAGUUCAGUGACAGACGGCAUACAACAGAACGCUUCGGAGGACAAUGAAACAUCAGGCAAUAAUACUGUCACCCUCAAGACGGGUAAGCCUGUUCAAAGGUCUAUACUAAUUGGCUCGUCGAAUAAUGGAACAAAUAUCUUGUUUAUUGGAAAAAACGUCCCCUUAGCAUACAGCAGAGUAAUCGAAUUUGAACGCGUGGUGGAACUGGAAGUUAAUGGCUAUCCAAUAGGUCUUCAAGCUUAUCCAGUUUAUGUCCUCAUGUAUAGAAUCAAAACUUAA